CAAGACCCCAGAACUAUACAGAUGAGGAAAGGAUGCAGGAAAUUCAGUUGUUUACACAUGUGUCUGUAACACUGAGAAGCUAGAGCAGCCCAGCAAGCCCAGAGGGCCAUACACAGUGAAGAAUGAAUUUAAAUUCCAUCCGCAAGUUAAUUGAAGAAACACAAAUUUUUAAGUUCCAGCAAUCUUCACUGAGAUCAUCUUGUGAAGCAGUCACUGCCUUACCACUCCAUGAUCCCUGUAAUUCCUACUUACUAAACCAAAGCAUGUAUACAAAUGGUGCCAGGAACUUCUGUGCUCACUCCUAUGGCAGCAAUGACUGGGAUAUCUGUGAAGAGCUUCGAAUUCAAGAACUUGAAGAAGUCAAGGCCAGAGCUGCCCAGAUGGAAAAGACCAUGCGUUGGUGGUCAGAUUGCACUGCCAACUGGAGAGAGAAAUGGAGCAAAAUACGAAUAGAAAGGAAUAAAGCCAGGGAAGAAGGACGGCAGCUGAGAAUAAAGUUAGAGAUGACAAUGAAGGAAUUGAGCACACUGAAAAAGAAGCAAAGUUCACCUAAUGAAAAGGUAUUAUUGGAUGCUGAAGUCCUCAGGAAGGAGAAGUGUAAUCAUGUGGAAGAUUCCUGUCCACAGGAAGUUCAAUUUUCAAUGACUGCUAAGGAAUAUGAUCCUCCUAAAAUCAGUUUGGGAAACAUACAGAUUUCUCCCAAAGAAGAUAUAAGCAAGAAGGAAAUAUAUAAGGUUGUCAACCCAGAAAGAUUCAACCAGGAUAUGGAUUUACAAGGUCCUGAUUUCUUCAGAAAAGAUCUUCAUGACAACUGUAUGGAGAAGUCUGUAUUGAGCCUAGAUGAUAUACUACAACCUUCGAAGAAGGAAUUAAGUCAGAUUUCAACUCUGAAAUUUCAUUUGGAUGAGUCUCAGAAAAAUUUGUGGAAGGAAAGAGAAAUGCGUUCAUGUUUGGAAAAAGAAGUUGAGUUACUGGCAUCAGCAUUGUCUCUUUGGAAAUGCAAGUAUGAAGAAAUGAAAGCAUCAAAAGAGAUUAAUUUAAACCAGGAAAAUGAAGAAGAAAAAGUUUCUGAAGACAGAAAGGAUGAAGCAAAUUGCCAAACCCGUAAGGACAGAUUAAUUUGUGAACUGAGAGCAGAGCUGGAGAGACUACAGGCUGAGAAUACCUCUGAGUGGGACAAGAGGGAAAUACUUGAAAGAGAAAAACAAGGACUGGAAAAAGAAAAUAGAAGGUUAAAGGCCCAGGUGAAAGAUAUGAAAGAGUUUUUGGAUAGAGAAUAUAUAUUAGCUGCAACUUCUCAAAAUCCUGAUUUGAAGACAUCACAAAGCCAGCUGCUGGAAAAAAACAAGGAUUUGACUGAACUUCAACGUGCCUACUGCAAACUAAACAAACAGUACCAAGAUAAAAUGGCUGAACUGAUCCAUGCAAACAACAGAGUGGAUCACUAUGAGACAGAAGUAAAGAAACUGAGAUUUCGAGUAGAAGACCUGAAAAGGGGGCUCAACCAUGCAGAAGAUGAGCUUGAUGACUCACUAAAUCAAAUUCAUAAACUCCAGCAAUCUCUGGAUGACCAGAUAAAAAUGAAUCAUAAUCUACAAAUUCAGCUCAAUCAUCUACAGAGCAGAUUGAAGAGACAAAAAUUUGUGAAUUCUGCAUAUGAAAUCAAAUUGAGUGCUAAAUAUAUUUCUGAGAACUCCACAGAAGCAGAGAAUGAAGAAAAAGAGGACCAUUCUGUUUCAUGAAGCAGGGUAUAUAUGGGUUUAUUAAAUUAGAACUGAAGAAAAAGAAAAAAGAAAUAGAAUGGAGGGAAAUGAAUUGUAAACAUCUCAUAUAGAAAUAGGACUGUUUGCAAACAUUUUAUCCUUUACCAACAGUUUUGCAUAAAACAAAUGUACCUCUCUUAUUGUCUAGAAAAAGGAAAAAUAAGAAAAGACAAGGAAAAAGAAACAGGUUGAGUUUUUAAGUGUGAAUUAUAUACAUUCUGUUAAUAUUGGUUUCCCCCCAAACUCACAUUUUCAUAUUUUUGCACCUCCCUUUUUGUUGUCACUGACAAAAGUUGUGGAAUUUUAAAUGUGCUACUUUUUAAAGUAGAGAUAAUAAUUUAUAAGAUUAUGGAAAAAAAUUAAAGCUUGAGUUUAUUGUUCAUCCCUAUACACCAUAAUGUGCAUAUGAGACAAAAAAUUAUACUUUAAUAAUGGACAUAAUUCAUUAAUUUACAUUUUUAUCAGUAAACUUAGCAAAAGAUUACUAUCAAUUUUAAGGUAAGUAAAUGAAAAUUAAUUAGUAUAUUGACAAUAAAAUAAUUUUCAUUUAUUUGAAAAAAAUAGAUAUAGUCAUAUGUGAUAAAAGGUGGUACAAAAGCUACUAUAGUUUUUCCAAGUGUGAUGAUUUGGUUUCUGUCUCCAUUGACUAUUCACUAACUUGUAUUGUGUUUUAUGUAUAAAAGCAGUUAUAAGUUUGGGAUAUGUGGCUUAUUUUGGGGUCACACAGUUAGGAGCAGGGACAGAGACAUAUACUUAGAAAUAGUAUGGCACUAUUAAAAUCAUUUACAUGGUUUAUUUGGUAGGCAAACACUAAUGGUUGCAAUACCUAUCAACUUCUUCAAGUUGAUAGACUUCCUCAAAACUAGUAUACAAUUGGUAGGAAAAAUAUCAAGCUACAAAUUGAAGAUAUGUGUGAUCUAUUAAGUGUAGCAAGAGUGCAAACAGAUUUAUUCAUAUAGAUUUAUUUAAGUAGACAAGAAGGUGUCAAAAAUAUACAUCUAUAAAUUCUGAUCUUUGAAGACAUUUUACUUUUAGAAUUUAAAAAUAAACUCUUACAAGUAAUCAAGCCCAUACCCUUCAUUUUACAAUGAGGAAAUUGAGAUGCAGAGAGUUCCCAUGAUUGGGUCACACAGAUAGGAAGUAGCAGAGAUUUAUCUUUAGAGAUAGUUGGGCACUAUUAAAAUAUGAUUUUGAUAUAUGAAGGCAUGGAUCUGGAAUUUGUUACAAUUUGUAUGACCUUGGACAAUUUUCAACCCUUCUGUGCCUCAACUUGUUCCUCAAAUGACAAAAUUUGAUUAGCUGGUUUUUGUAGUUGAUUAGGAGUCUAUAAGUAUAAUUCUAUGUGAAGUCCAACAUUCCAUAUGCAAUCACUUUUUGAGAGAAAGAGCACUCCCUUCAUUUCAGGUAAAAAUUUUUGUAGACUUUCAGAAGUUUAUAUGCUGACGUCAUGGAAUAAACUCAUAAAACAUGAGUUGGAAAAUAUCUUAGAAAUCUUGUAUUCAAACUUGCUCAUUUCAUGGAUGAGGAGAAUGAGAGCUAGAAAAAUGAACUACUUACCUAAAAGUCACAGUGCUGGUAAGAACAAGGAUAGCUAGUUGUAAGAUUCUAUAAAGCUGUACUCCUAUUCCAUGAAAUCUUAACAGUGUUAAUUUGCUUAUGUAUGUUGCCACCAACAUUUAAGUGUUCCAUGUGAUACAUACAGAAUUGUUAAGUACAAUCUUGCAAUUCUUCCUUUAUAUAUUAUAGAAGAUCUUCCUAAAUUGUCCUUUCAGAUUAGUGGUACGUUAAACCAGUCAACAUAACAUAACAAGAAUAACUUAUGUCGGAAAAUAGUCUCACUGACAUAGUCUGUAUUUUGCAGAAAAUAUAAUUACUUUAUUAUUUUUAAGAUAUCAUGUACUUAUAAAGUCAUACCUGUUUUAUAAUUUGGGUAUUUUCCUUAAAACUUAUAUUGAUUCAAAAUAUUUAAUAAACUAAUUCUUAAAUUCACUAAAAAUCAUGUA